CUCAAUCCGAUUUUUAUUUUAUCUCUAAUACUUUUUUUAAACCUGGUUGAAUAUUAGGGUUAUGGGAAUGUUUCGUUCUAUUGAUUAUUAUUCUUGAAAGAGCCGAUAAAUACUGAACCAUUAGCGUUCUUUUUGGCUUUCUUUUUUAUAUCGACGUCUAUUCUAAAUGGCAGCUCAUUGUCAUGAGGUAUUGUGAAAGGUACAGUGAUAUAUCAGGGGCUAUAGAAGCGACCUGGAGGUAUGGAACAAUGGACACUAGGUUUUACUAAUUGUACGGCUCUUGAGUGUUGUGUAGGUGCUCUGUCUCUGUUGGCAGCAGGUGAACAAUGUUGGCCGGCAGGAGGCAGCUGUCCCUCGAGGAGACUGGAAGGAGGAGGCUCCGACGGCAGUCGUCCGAGAUCAGGCCCAUCCUGGCGUGGCAGGAGAGCUUUAAGGAGUCCGCAGAGAAGCAGCAAUCCCAGGUCCAAGUUGUAGCGAAAAAAAUUGGGCAGCCGAAGCCAACUCCACCAAGACCGAUUCGCAGCCCUUCUGUCAGAAAUGAUUCCUGUUUGAAUAUUUCCAGGAGGCAGGUUGCCGAACGUCUUAAGCUUGGUUGGAACAAAGCAAUAGCAAAAGAAGGACAAGAUAAAGGACGACAGAACCUCAACAUAUUUUUAAACAAAAGUUUUGAAGCAAGAUCAGAAUCACCCGGAGAAGAAGAUUUUAAAAACGGAUUACGUAGAUCCCAAUCAGUGUAUAAUACGAAUGAAGAGGACUACAAUAGUGAUAGUUCAUCAGAAUCAGAGAGCGAUGACGACCCACCUACGGAACGUCUCAAUGAACCAGCUCCUCGAGCAGUAAGCGCGCAGCCGAACAUCCAAUCAACUCAAUCUCAGACUCAACAACCAUUCCAGCAACAACAGGUGCAGCAGUAUCAACAAAAGACACAGCAGCAGCCACAACUACAGAUACAGCAGCAACAACAAAAGACCCAGCAGCAAACCCAACUACAGAUACAGCAACAACAACAAAAGGCCCAGCAGCAGCAACAGCAACAGAACCAGCAACAACGGCUCUCUGCAAGCGCUCGACGUGCAGUUUUCAAAGCCGCCGGACGGCAGAGGCCGACCACUUGCUCGCCGGAGCCGCGGCCGCGACUGAUGUCGGCCCCGCCGCAGCCAGCGCGACCCCCGCCGGCGGAGCGGUCCCGAUCGGCCCCGCCGAGGAGGCGGCAGCAGCGGAAGCCGCGGCGAGGCGUGGAGGGCGGCGAGGUGGUGACCAUGGUGAGCCUCGUCAGCCCAGCCGAGUCCGAAGAGGAGGAGGACCUGUACCGGCCCGUGCACUGCCCGCCCACCCCCGAGGUGACCGCUCCCCCCAGCCCUCCGCCCACCGCUCCGCCGGUCCUCUCUCUCAGGCGGCCUCUCAAAGCAGGUGACUAG